CUUAAAGAUCUUCUUGUUGCUGGAUGACGUCUAACCUCGUUCUCAGGGUCCUUUCUCUACCUCGAGAACGUUCUCGUCCCCAUAGCCCUUUUCGCUCCUCUUAGCCGGCAGGGCCUUGACACUAGAAUCCAUGAGCAAAAAAUGGCGGCUCCGGCAAGUGGGGAUAUUGUUAUCUUUCUCAAAGGAGUUCGAAAGACGAUUGACAGGAUAGAGAGUAAGCUAGAAGAGUACGUGGAAGAAUUUUGUCGCCUUCCUAAAUUAAUCAUGGAAGCUUUUCGUGCGGGAGGAGCUGAUCUAAGCGCACAAGUAAACCUCAGUCUUAAAUCACAACUGCAAAAGAAUUUGUCAGACAUCUACAUGUGCCUGAAACUGCAUCUGGCACUUCACCUUGGAGGAGACAUUGCGUUGCAGCAUAAAGAGCUCUCGACACUUGGCUAUGAUAUCCUUAAACUGUCAGAACCUGAAGUACCUGAAGUGAAUACUCUUCCAGAUGAACGACAUGCCAUCGAUCCCGGAAGCAAAGUCCUGGAAAUACUGAGUGACAUGGCACACCAUUUUGUAGCUCAAAGAUACAGUGAACAGCACGCUGAUUACGUCAUGGAAGAAGCAAAGGCAUAUUUUAGUUCUCUGAGUAGCAAAAAUAUUUUUCAACCCAAGGUUUUGGUUAAGGUGUCACAUAAUUCUCAAUUUUUUGUUGGAUGUUCAUUGUCAGCCAGUUCUUUCCUAAGGCCCCUUUGUUUGCACAACAGAAUUGUAAAGUUUAAACGUAGACUUAAAGAAGCAGUAGUGCUUGAUACGCCUUUGCAUCCAGGCGAUCAAGGAGAGAAGUGGUCAUCAUCUGCAUUUAUGCGAGGUAACAAAAACGAUAGGCCUCCGGACAAUCAAAAAGACAAUCUAAACGAGAAGAGACGAAUUCGUUACACUGAGCCCAAAGAGCCUUGCCGAAACUGUCAAGUUAUAUUUCAAAAUCUAGAGGGAUUCAUACCCACUGAUGCGAAAGCUGGAAAUCGUGACACAUUUCAAGGCGCAUGUGCUGAGUACAUUCCUGUGAAUGAACUUACAAAGGUUGAUGCUCAGGAUCCUUCAGAUGCCGUCCAAGGAAAGCUAGCAGAGAAUUUGAAAAGAUGUAUCUAUCUGUUUCAAAACUAUAAUGAACUUGUCAAGGAAUGUUACGAUAUGGAUAUUGAAACAUUGAAAAAUGACCAACAGCUACUAACUGCUGCUUAUUACAAAAUAAAACAAUACAUACAUAUUUUUGGCUUUAUACCAGAACUUAAAAUGUAGGUAGGGCCUUAGAUGCUUUGUUAAAUUUCGUGAAGGAAGAGGGAAAGUUUUCGUAUGAA